AUGGGGUGUUGUCUUCCAUUAUCUUUGAUUGGAAAAAUCGACUGCAAGCAGAGUGGCGUACGUGCAGUACGUUUCAAUGUUGACGGGAAUUAUUGUAUGACAUGCGGUGCAGACAAAACGGUAAAACUGUGGAAUCCUUAUAAGCAAAUUUUAUUAAAAAUAUAUACCGGAACAGGUUGGGAGAUAUUAGAUGCGCAAAGCUCAUCCGAUAAUUCUUCCAUAUUGGCUGGUGGUCUCGAUAAGCAGUUAACAAUUUUUGACGUUGAAACAGGUAAAAUUACACGUCGGUGGCGUGGGCACAGUGGAAAAGUUAAUUGCGUCGCUUUUAAUGAGGAAUCCAAUGUGGCAUUAUCUGGAUCGCAAGAUGGCAUUGUUAGAUGUUUCGAUGUUCGUGAUAAAUCGGGGCCAAUUCAGGUUCUUGAUGAGGCUGCAGACGCCGUAUUAUCAAUUGAUGUAUGCGCUCACCAAAUAGCUUCAGGGAGUGCCGAUUCAAAUGUUAGAAUCUACAAUAUUCGCGAAGGGAAAAUGAGUAUGGAUUUUGUGGGCGAUAGUGCUACUUCUGUUACAUUUUCUGGUGAUAGUCAGUGUAUCCUGGUAUCUACAAAGGAUGGAUUUGUUCGAUUGUUAGAUAAUAACAAUGGAAAAUUGCUUGCUGAUUACACUGGCCAUAUGAACAAUGAAUAUCGCAUCGAAAGUCGCAUUUUAUCGACGGAAGCCCAUGUUCUGAGCGGUUCAGAAGAUGGAAAAGUAUAUAUAUGGGAUCUCAUCCAUAUGUCCUUACUGCAUCGCCUAGUUCAUCCCGAUCGAAUCAUUCAUUCCGUAUCUGUCCAUCCAACUAAACCAUUUUUUCUUUCUGCUUCCUCUUCAACCAUAUUUUUCUGGGGAAUUUCUGAAACUGAAACCGUAAUUAAGGCUAACAGUUAA